AAGGGUCAAUGACACUAAGAUAGGAAGACAAACGUGUUGCGUGAGUCCGGGUCCACGGUUCAGCCGGGUUGUCGGGCCGCAGCAGCUUCUGGAAGUGCCAUGCUGUUACAGUGGGCCUGGACCUUUGAUCCCGACCCUCGUCUCUGAUCCACUUCCACCUGGACUCCAUCACUCCCUGCUGUGGCUGCCGUUCCCACGGGACCUGACCCGGUCCGAGGGAUUACCCCGGGGAGUGAGGCGACGUGGAAGUGCUGGACUCCGCGACCGGAGGGUCAGUUAAGGUCACAUGAUGUUGAACUGAGCCGCGUGUCUCUGCUGAGGGGCUCCGGGGUCGGGUCCGCGCCGCCCUCUGACCCGUCCCACCGCAGCCCAGGCACAGAACCACACUCCCUGAUCACUUCCUGUCAGCCGUCCACGCGCCGGUCCAGAGGACGACGCUCGCAGCGCCACCUGCUGCUCAGCUGAGGGGCAACCGCUCUUCUUGUGUAGCGUCCGCUCGUCCGUACAGUCGUGCCGAGUUGAGCCGGGUCACCACGCGGUGGUCAGCGAUCAGAUGUCAGUCACGCUGCUCCAUGAUCCUGCGCCAGCUGAGCUCAGCCCCCCCGCGCCUUCGUCCUCCGCCCCUCACGUCUGGACACUGGAGGAGGGGCGCCUCGCUCGCUGCCCCCUGCCGGCCCCCUGCUCCUCACCCCCCAUGGUGGUGGGGACACGCCCUCUCCGGCCGCUCCCUUCACUCCUCCGGCUGCCUCCUGAUGGACCGUCCUCGCCGUGACAAGGAGCCGCCGCACAAGCGCAGGAAGUCUACAGAGGAGCAGGUGGGCGAUGACGCCCGGACCGACCACCAGGGGGCCAGCCGGGAGACUCGGGAAAAUGGUGCCAAAACACGCCCGGAGAGACACUCGAGUAAAGAGCGGACUCAAACCCUGGACCCGCCGACCCGCUGGACUCGAACCUGCGGGUCGAGGUGGGACUUGGGACCCGGCCACGCACCGAUGCCACCACCAGAGGUCGCUCUGAUCGGCAGCUCUGUCAGGUCUCUCCAGGCCCGCUGGGGCUCGACCAGACAACCCUCCCCCCCUGGACCUGCCCCUCCUGGACUCGCCCCUCCUGGACCUGCCCCUCCUGGACCUGGCCCCUCCUCCCAAGAGCUGCUACGACACUGGGAGACCUGCGCUUCCAACCACCCGCCAGCAGGGGGCCACGUGGCCUUCGACUUCUCAGUGCUGUCCUACAACAUCCUGUCGCAGCAGCUGCUGGAGGACAACGCCUACCUGUACCGACACUGCCCGCCCCAGAUCCUGUCCUGGGACCACCGCCUGCCCAACCUGCUGGCCGAGAUCCAGCGGCUGGACGCCGACGUCCUCUGUCUGCAGGAGGUCCAGGAAGACCACUACCAGGACCAGAUCAGACCGGCGCUCCAGGCUCAAGGUUUCCAGUGUGAGUUCAAGAAGCGCACCGGGAACAAGCCGGACGGCUGCGCCGUGGCCUUCAGGACGUCCCGUCUGUCUCUGGUCUCUUCCCACCCCGUGGAGUUCUACCGAGCCGGUGACGCCCUGCUGGACCGUGAUAACGUGGGCAUGGUGGUGCUGCUGCGUCCCGGCGGGCCGGGGUCGGAGGCGACGCCCCUCUGUGUGGCCAACACUCACCUGCUCUACAACCCUCGACGAGGAGACGUGAAGCUGGCGCAGCUGGCCGUCCUGCUGGCCGAGAUUAGGCGUGUAGCCCGCCGGCCAGACGGCUCGCUCUGCCCAGUCCUCCUCUGUGGGGACCUCAACUCCACGCCCUGGAGCCCCCUCUACCGCUUCCUGACCACCGGCCGCCUCCAGUACCAGGGGCUGGAGAGCAGCAUGGUGUCGGGCCAGCAGAGCAGCUCUCGUGGUCAGCGCCUCCUCCAGAGUCCCAUCUGGUCCCACAGUCUGGGCAUCAGCCAGCAGUGUCAGUACCAGAGCCAGCAGCCCACAGUGGAAGAAGCCGUGUCUGAGCUCAGCGUGGAGGAUCCCGCCCGCCCGCCUGCCGACAGCUGGACCAUCGAGCACGCGCUCCCUCUCCGAUCUUCGUACCGGCACCGUCUGCCGCCCGACUCCCGGCCUGAGAUCUCCACCUUCCACUCCAGGUCGGCCAUGACGGUGGACUACAUCCUCUACUCCCCCGAGUCUUCCUCCUCUCCGAGUGGGCGGGGCCUGCAGCUGCUCGGCCGGCUCUCAUUGGUCGGCUGGUCCGAUCUGGUGGCCGUCAACGGCCUUCCCAACCGCCAGCACUCGUCUGACCACCUUCCACUGCUCGCUCGCUUCCGCCUGACCCGACGGGUCACGUGACGGCGCCGACCUCUCGACCCUGAAGGAGCCGGAGCAGCGCCCCCUGCUGUGGCCGGACGGUUUGUGAAUAAAUGUAUUUAUUUUGGUAUGAACGUCUGCGUUGUAUCGGGUCACUGCUGAGCCUGACCUCUGACACCUGCGGAGCCCACUGUCAUGUGACACGGUCAGGACCAUCAAUCGGAGUCACGUGACCAGUGGCGCGUUUCUGCUGAAAAAAUAUUGUUUUAUUGAAAAGAGUUUGUGGUGGAGGGCGAAUGCUACAGAGGCGGCAGAGUCUCUCAACCCACAGCUGGCAGGAAGUGACCUCACGCUCCAGGGCCUCCUCCUCACCUCCACACAAACAAGAGUCUGAAGCAGGAAGGAGGCGGAGCUCUGUCGCUCCCUGGGGUCCGGUCCUGCUCCCACAGAACCUCCCGGGUCAGGAGAAGGGGACCUCCCACCUCUGAGUGUAGGCGGUCACCUCACAGGGGCUGAUGACCAGCAUCCGGGCCGGGUCCAGACCGUCCAGAGCCAUCUCCGAGUCCAGGCAGAAGUGGGACACCAGGUGCUCCAGGUGGGUGCCGGACCUCUGCCAGCGCUGCGGCACAAAACCACACACACACCGUCAGGCGGAGCAGAUCCAGGGCCCGGUCUGACCCGCUUCACUCCAGAAACUGGGGAAGAGAAGAGCUUUCCUCUGAACCCGUGACCCCGUUUGGUGCCUGUGCGUGUGUAAAUGAUUCACAGUGAGAACAAAAAGAUGCAGAUCCGACAUGAAAAGAGGCUUUUACCCAGCGGCGGGUCCAAAUCUACAGGGAGGGGGGAAAUGUGUGGGCUUGUUUACACUGCCUCGUGGGGACGUUUUGCUGGUCCCCACAGGUCCAAACCUCCAUUUGAGGAUGAAGACAUCAAACAAACUGGGUCAUUCUGACUGGGUUCAGAGUCCUGGUUCAGGUGUGUUUGAGGUGGGGGGGGGGAGGCUGGGGAAAGGGUGAUGGCCCAGAGACACCUCCCAAUGUUCCCACAGGGACAGCGAUACAAACACGUGUGUGAGAGAGUGGGGACCUGUGAGAUGCCUGCAGACACGCUCAGACUCCCAUUGCCAUGGCAACAGGCCGCACACGCCUGGCUGGGGGACACUGAACACUCUGGUUUGGUUGAGUUUGGUCGCUGCUGUCACCUGUCUUCCACUUCCCCUUCUUUCCUCCUCUGACUUCCUCCUGCUUCCCCACCCCCCAUCCAUCCGUCCACCCACCUGGAGGCUGUCAGCCAGGUCGCAGGGCAGCAGCAGCACCUGAGACGCAGGGAAGGUGGUGGCCAGAGUCAGACAGAGGUGCUGCUGGCGGAUCUGCUGCCCGUGAGUGUAGACCCACUCCUGCAGAGACACACCGGUGAGAGGCAGCUGGAGAGGCGGCGGCGGCGCCAGAGGCAGCGGGCUCACCUGCUGCGCGGCAGCGCCCUCUCUGGCUGCACAGGGUCCCAGCAAGAGCACGGGCUGCUCCUGACCCUCCGCCCGACCAGACUCCAGACAGUUCUGUCUCUGACGGAUCACGCCGGAGCCCAGGUCCGAGUCCUGAGGGACCCUGAUGAAGGAGAGAGCCACGCUUGACCUUUGACCCAGUGAUUCCAGGUCCAGCCAAGUGGUCCCCACGAGUGAGGUUAGACCCGGGUCACACACACGUACUUGAGCUCAGGGUAGACGUUGGUGAGGUACCACUGGAAGGAUUGACAUUUGAGCCUCUGGCGGAGCUGCACACGACUCUGGAUGCUGCAACACAUCACCUUCAUCAUCAACAUCUUCAUCAUCAUCAUUACCUUCAUCAUCACCUUCACCUUCACCAUCAUCAUCUUCAUCACCACCUCCAUCAUCGUGCGUGCGUGCGUGCGUAUAUAUACUCACUCUCCGUACUCCUUCCCUCGUGCUGCAGGCCGAGCAGAGUAGUAGAAGAGACGGAAGUCGUCCAUCCAGACUUCAGCCGUGCGACGUGUGUUCCUGAAGCACAGGCACAUGCUCGCAGUUGGUUGGCGGCUGAGGUGUCCGGAUGCUGAGUCAGCAGGUGAUGGGGCGUCAGGUCAUGUGAUGAAUACCAGCUGUUGCCAUGGCAACGUCUCACAACCUCUCCUUGUUUAACAGCCAAACACCUCCAUCCACCCUCCCUUCCUUCCACCUUUCCUCCCUUCCUUCCACCUUCCCUGCUUCCCUCCCUUCCUUCCACCUUUCCUCCCUUCCUUCCACCUUCCCUGCUUCCCUCCCUUCCUUCCACCUUUCCUCCCUUCCUUCCACCUUCCCUGCUUCCCUGCCUUCCUUCCACCUUUCGUCCCUUCCUUGCACCUUUACUCCCUUUCUUCCUUGCCUUCCUUGCUUUCUUCCUCCCUCCUUCCCUCCCUCUCUGCCCCCUCCCUCCCUCCCUCCUGCGUGCGUGCGACUGAGGGAUGUGGUGUGUGGAGAAGAGCAUGACGAUGGUGGGAAGAGCACAAACCACAUGAACAUGUGUGGAUGAAGGGUGGAGGUCACGGCGCGUCAGGUCAAAGCUGGCAGCUCCUACUUGAUGUAGGUGUUGGCGUUGCCCUCAGGGAAGACGUACGGAUGCUUCUUCCUGAAGACGUGACCCACCCUGCUGCACGGGAGGAUCUCCAGGCUGCCGCCGCACUGCCACACGCGGAAGGAGAUCUCUGCACGCACGCACACACACACGGCGAGCUCAGCACAGAAGCUCACCUGCAGGGGGCGCUACCGCUCUCACACCUCACUGCACACCUCCAGUACUCACACUAGUACUAGCUAGCGCAGCGACUCGCUCUAUAUCUAGUACAGCAACUCUGACUACAACUACUAUCCACUAAUUACUCCGAUGAUACCACUGCUACUCACUACUACUGCUACUACUACAACUAAAAGUACUUCUUGGAGGUCAAAGAGGCUAUUGCAAUCAGAAGUAGAAGACUUAUAACAGCAACACCUGGAACUACUGCAACCAAUUGACAAGUACUGCCAUCACCAAAUCCCUAACUGGAGCUGGAACUACUGCCACAACACGACUGCUUCUGUGACAGAAACAAGCACCUCCAUCCCGGUGCUGCAGUGAGUCCUGCGGAACUGUGGCAAGUACUUUGUCUACACUCGACACUUCGACUGCGCUGUUCUCCACCUGCAGCAGAAACCUUGGGUAUCGCAGUAACACUGCUGAGCUGCAGGUGUCAGCAGUGAGCUCAGGUGCUCUGCGGUGCUGGGCGGAGCCUCACCAAAGUUCUCGCCGCCCCAGAUGUCCAUGGCCUUGUCGUACUGACCCAGGUGGUUGAACCAGAACCUGUCGAUGACGAAGAGCCCUCCGGCAAUG